CCUCUCUCUCUCUCUCUCUCUCUCUCUCUCUGUGCAAUCUCUAAAACUGUAGGCAUACAUUAGAGUUGUCGUUUUCUAUGGCUUAGUCAAAAAUCUUUUUACCAAACCACAUUGGUCACUUUCGAGUUUGUGGCCUAUUUAUCUGCUCUUUUGGCCUUCUUUGCCAUUUGGGUUUCGGAUUUCAAGCUCCAAAUUUUGAAUUUGGGGAUGUGGGUUUUGGUUGUACUUGCUUAGUAGGAACUUUCACGGAAAGGGAUUAGGCAGGUAUUCAUAGUUCAUAGUCUGCUUUAUGGUCACAAAUGGCAACAUCCACUCUCCCUAUUCCUCGAGAAGUGAAACAUUUUGAUGAGAUUUCUAUGCGUCAGAGUUUGCUCUUUACUGAGAGUCUUAAGGAUUUGAAGAAUUUGAGGUCACAAUUAUACUCCGCUGCAGAGUAUUUUGAGUUGUCUUAUACAAACGAUGACCAAAAACAGAUAGUGGUGGAGACAUUGAAAGACUAUGCCAUUAAAGCUCUUGUAAAUACGGUGGACCAUUUGGGUUCUGUAAGCUAUAAAGUUAAUGAUAUCUUGGAUGAGAAGGUGGAUGAAGUUUCUGGAACAGAACUUCGUGUUUCUUGCAUUGAACAGCGGCUAAGGACAUGCCAAGAAUAUAUUGAUCAUGAAGGCAUUACCCAACAGUCGCUGGUGAUAAACACUCCAAAGUACCAUAAACGGUACAUAUUGCCAGCUGGUGAAACCAUGCGGGGAGCCAACCGCACUAAAUCAAAAUAUCUAGGGUGCAGCCUAGAUGAUGAAGAUGACUGGCACCAAUUUAAAAAUGCUGUUCGAGCUACAAUUAGAGAAACCCAAACCCCCACAUCUACAGUCAGUAAAGGGCUUUCUCCAUCUCCUUCACCAAGAGCAACACAGCGACCUGGAGUAUUUUCUUUUACUGCUACCAUGCCAAAAAAAGAAUUAGAGAAACGAUCAAUUUCACCGCACCGGUUUCCACUUCUGCGUUCUGGAUCUCUCUCAAGUAGGCCAAUGACCCCCAACUCAAGUAGGCCAACCACACCGAACUCAAGUAGGCCAACCACUCCAAAUCCUUCUUCUAAUGCAAGACGGCGGUAUCCUUCUGAGCCUCGGAAAUCAGCUUCCAUGCGAUUACACGCUGAAAAAGAAAAUGCCAAAGAGGUUGAUCAGUUUCCCAGCAAAAGUAAACGUCUUCUCAAGGCCUUGCUUAGCAGACGCAAAUCAAAGAAAGAUGACAUGCUCUACACAUACUUGGACGAAUACUAAGAAAAUAGACGAUGUUGAAAGAAAAAGAAGCUACUGAAGCAGGAAAAAGUUUUUGCUUUCGGCUUUACUCUUUGAUGAUACACAUUUUGUACUACUUCUGAGUGAUAGAUUUACAGUAUAAAGUACGUGCUUUCCUUUCGAUUAACAAUUAUAUAUAUAUAUAUAUAUAUAUAUGAGAUUAUCAUGUAUUAUUAUA